AUGGCGGACGCAAAGAUCCAGGAUCUCCUCACCAAGCCUCGCAACGAGCUUACAGAGUACGAGAUUGCGCAACUAGAAGAGUACGAGUUCAACAGCGGCCCGCUGUCCAUCCUCCAGACCGCCGUUCGCAGCCACACCCAGGUCCUCAUCUCGAUCCGUAACAACCGCAAGCUGCUGGCCCGUGUCAAGGCCUUUGACCGACACUGCAACAUGGUUCUCGAAAAUGUCAAGGAGAUGUGGACGGAAACGCCGCGGCUCUCGGGUGGCAAGAAGGGCAGGCCCGUCAACAAGGACCGCUUCAUCUCCAAGAUGUUCCUCAGAGGAGACUCUGUCAUUCUGGUUCUGCUGAGUUAA